UCACAAAAUUGACAACACUGCUUAAUAGCUCUGAGAUGAAAUACGAAAAAUAAAAACGAUUACCAUUCAAAACGUUGUUGUCGUUGCUGCUGCCGACUGCUACAAUGUGCCAGCGAGCGAACCAGCCAGCCAGCUAGCUAGCUAACCAACAAAGCAACCAACCAACCGACCAGACAGCCAACCCUGCCAGCUACCAAACACGAAAUCAAUACAAAACACAUUGGCGACAACGUAACACAACGGAGCGCGCAUCGUUAACGUAACGAACGAAUACUCGGUGGCUAUUUUGUAAAAAAAAAAACAACAAUAUCGGAAAUUUACAAAAAAAGUAAUAACGGUUAAAAAACGCCAAGGAGAUUCCUUUGAAAAUAAUUGCAAAAAGAUAAAUAUUAAGAAAUAUCUGGUUAUUUGGGAAUUUAUUUAAAUGGAUAGAGGAAUUUCCAAAAUAAUGGCAAGAUUUUGAAAUCAAAAAAGAUAUAAAAUUUAAAGGAAAUUCCCUUUGUUAUAAACAUACAACAAAUGUAACAAAAAAUUAGCUCCACAUAGAUAAUAUGGUUAAGGUUUCAAACCUCAUCAGUUUUUUAAAUUAAAAAAAAAUAAAAAAAAUUAGAAAAAUAUCUAAAAAUAAAACACCAAAAUUGAGAUGUGAAAAAAAUAAAAUUAAAUUAAUGAUAUUAACACCUUACCAAAGUGACAAUUAAAUGACCUGAAAUUAACAAGUGUAUCAACAGCAGCUACAUUCCAAACAAAUUGAAAUAAAUCAUUUGUUCUCUCUGAAAAUCCCUAUCCACCAUCAUUUUUUUGAUGUUUCGAAAAAGUAUCAAAAUAAAUUCUUAUCAUUUCACCAAAAAGCAACAAAAACACACACAAAGUAACAAAUCUCUCGAGAAAAUGACACCCGAAAAAAAUUCAUCAUUGUUAACGGAUCAAUCAAUAAUCUCGCCGCCAAACAGUAUUUGAAGAAUAGCUGCAAUGCGAAGCGACAACAAAAUGCCGUCGCUUUAACAAAACACCACAAAAAAAAAAAAAAAAUAAUAAAAAUAAAGUAAAUACAAAUCCCAAAAAUUGUGUUUUUAUUCGAAAUCAAAAUCACAAAAAAAUAAAAAUAACAAAUGUUGUGAAAUUAAAAAAAAACAAAUAAUUAACAACAAAAGAAAUUCAAGUUCAAUGAAUCAUCCAACCAACGAUUGUAAUCGUUUUUCGUUUUUUUUUUUAAGAAUUGUAAACGCAGCAUGCUUCGUAAAAAUUGUGAUAAGAAGAUACUUAUAUGUAUCCAAAAAAUAAUUAAAAAUAAUCCAUGAAAAUUAAAAUAUUAUUUCGUGGAAACAUAAAAUGUGUAACAGUGCCGAUAUCGAUACAGAUUCAACUCAACUAAAUUCACAGUAAAUUUCAACCUUUAAAAAAUUAAAAAAAAAUAUUCCCCAGCAAAAUAGUCCAUGACAUAAAAAUUAAAAAUUGUGAACGUAAUAUAUUUGUUUUUAAUAAAGAAAUUUUGAAAAUAUAUCGAAAUAUUUGUUGAGCUAACAAAAAAACGGAAAUGGAAAUUAUUACAUUAAAUCGUUUCGUUCGGAUGCUGUCAAUGGUCCAACAAAUAAAUUGUGUUAAAUGUUAAAAAAGAAAAUAUGAUUGCUCAUAAAGGAAACUCAAGGAAUUUAAUCAUCCUCCCUACAAUGAAAGCCUCUUUGUCUAUAUCAGUUACCAUGGAGCCGCAGCGAAUUUUCUAAUAUUUCAAGAGGAGAAGGUAAAACCCAACCACAAGGAGGCGACGAAACAAGUGCCGGCUCGGCUGGUUGGCUGGCUGAUUACGGCAGGUAAUUUCGCACUGGCGGUCAAUUGCAAUUGAAUUGUGGCAGCGUAAAGAACAAUAGCAGAAAAACCCAGGAAAAUCCAUCGAUCCAACGAACUGAACGUACGUAAAAAUGUUUAGCUUGGAAAAUUAUAGAAAUCUAAAACGACGGCGGAACAAAGCCCAUGCCGAACAAGGAGAAUUCCCAAGUGUGGCAAAUCCUUUGACAUUGACAGCAUUAGAAGAAACCUGCAACGCAACAGCAACAUGUUCGGCAAUAAGAAAAACUACAACAACCACAACAAGAGGAACAACAACCACAAUAGCAACAAUGCCAUCAAUUGCUCUGGAAACUGACAAAGAAGUUAUAGAAAAAGAAGUAGAAAUAAAAUUUCAUAGACAGCAUUGCGGCCAUCAGCACAAAUCUCAUUUAAUCGCUAGCGAAUCCAAGAAAAGUAUUAACAAACAUUUUUUGCCAUCAUCCUCAUCAUCACCACCAUCCCAGAGAAUAUCAGAUGACGUCUUACAAAGCCGGAGAAAGAAUUCCAAGACCAUUACAGCAGUGGCAGCAGCAACAGCCUCCGCAUCAUCUUUCUCCACAUGGACAUCGUUGUGCUUGUCAUCAAUAAUAUCCUCGGCAUGGACAUCGACGACAUCUUUAGCUUCACCCCAACCUGCAACGGUAUCAUCCUCAGUAGCCCUCAUCAAGGCAAUAGCAGCAAUGGUAGCUCGUUUCGUGCGAGAUUUGAGCAUUGCAACAUCCAACAGCCACAGCAACACCACCACCGCCACCACGACUAACAUCAGUCGACGGCACAUGUUGUUGACUUUGAUGCUGUUGUUGUUUGUCUGCUUUGUCAACACCUCAUCGGCGAAGGCUGCUGACACCUUAUCUGGUAAUCUCCAAUCCUGUUCCGACGAAAAUGAAGAAAUUCAUCUUGCAAUAAAAAAUUCCAAAUGUUAUACAUGUUCCUGUCAGAAUGGCUUUGUUAAAUGCGAAGACAGAUGUCCACCCAUAGAUGAUUGCUAUUUGUUGGAAAAGAAAUCCUCGGAUGCCUGCUGCAAUAAAUGUAAAGGUUGCAUGUUCCUUGGAAAGGCAUAUCCGAGUGGUGCUGAAUGGACUGAUCCCAUGAAUCCUUGUAAGUCAUACAAAUGUGUUGGCAGUGUUGUGACCGCAACAGAAAUGAAAUGCUAUACCCAGUGUGACGACAGUCAGUUGAUGAAACCAAGACCGGGCGAAUGUUGUCCAUCAUGUCAAGGUUGCAAAAUAAAUGGACAAAUCGUUUUGGAAGGCCAAGAGGUUGUCGCCUCAAUCGAUGAUCGUUGUUUGGUUUGUCAAUGUAAGGAUAAUCAGCUAACCUGUGCCAAGAAAACAUGCCCAGUUUUGCAGUGUCCCGUGUCGAAGCAGAAACUCCUGCCCAACGAAUGCUGUCCCAGGUGUACGGAGCACAGGGAGUUUAUGCCGUUGACGGGCAAGUGCAUUUUUACGAACAAAAUCUUCCAUGAUAAAAUCCAAUUUAUGCCCGAUCGCUGCACCAACUGCACCUGUAGCAAUGGCACGAGCAUUUGUGAGCGCAAGACAUGCCCCAUUUUAGAAUGUUCUCCGGAAUAUCAGGAAAUGGAUGGAUGUUGUCCACGCUGCAUUACCUCCGAGGUACGCUCCGAGUGCAUUGUAAAUGGCAUCACUUAUCAAACGAAUGACACCUGGAAUGUGGAUACCUGCAGGUCCUGUCGCUGUACGGGUGGAAAUAUACGCUGCUCCGAAAUGCGUUGUCCGCCAGUGAAAUGUCGCUCAAAUGAAGAGUUGAAGGUCCUGCCGGGAGAAUGUUGCCCCAAAUGCAUUGAAACUGCCGGCACCUGUACCGUCUUCGGGGAUCCCCAUUUCAAGACAUUCGAUGGGAAAUUUUUCAGUUUCCAAGGUUCCUGUAAAUAUCUGCUGGCUUCAGAUUGUUAUGACAAGACAUUUUCCAUACGCCUCACCAAUGAUGGGCGGCAAACCAAGCGUUCUGCAUGGGCGAAGACGGUGACAUUGAAAAUGCGUGGAAUUCGUGUCAAUUUGGGCCAAAAGCAGAGGGUGAAGGUGAAUGGAACCCGUGUCGCCCUGCCAUAUGCCUCGGGACCCAUUUCGAGCAUAGAAAAACUAAGCGAAAGUAUUAUGUUGAAAACCGAUUUGGGUCUGAGCAUUGAGUGGGAUGGCAAUAACUAUUUACAGGUCACUGUGCCCUCCAGUUUCAAGAAUCGCAUGUGUGGUCUGUGUGGCAACUACAACGGUUGGACCCGUGACGAUCUGACCAGCCGCGAUGGCGUCAAUCACACCGAGGUCUGGCGUUUUGCCAACUCUUGGAAGGUGGGCGGUCCCAAGGCCUGCUCGCGCAAACAGGAAAACAUUGCCGUCGAACCGACCUGUAAACAACGUAAAUCGAAUGCCCUCUGUCGGCCGCUACGAGUAUCCGAAGUGUUUGGCAACUGUGACAGCACCGUAAAUCCGGAAAAUUAUCACGACGCCUGUAAAAUGGAUGUGUGUGACUGUCCGACUGGUAUGUGUCACUGCGAUAGCUUUACGGCCUAUGCCCGUGAGUGCCAAAGGCUGGGAGUACGGCUGCCUGAUUGGCGUUCCGCCACCGCCUGUCCACACGGCCAAUGGAAACGUGAAUUUAAUACCACCCUAAAGAUGCUGCGCAAUAAUCCCUAUUAUGGUGAUUUGCGAUUUUUACAAAAUCAACAGAAACAGAAAAAUCGCAAACAUAAAUUCGAGGAGCAGCAUCAACACAAUCAGCUGCUGCAGCGGGACUUCAUAAAUAAACAUGUUCCGAAAAAUUUGUUAAUUUCCAAAUCACCGGAUCGUACUCCGCCACCUUUGCAUUAGACGGCAAGCUAUAAACAGAAAUGAGUAUAUAUGUAGUUGGGAUGUGCAACAACAACAACAACGACAAAGUGUCUAAGAAAAAGUAAAAAGUAACGGUUUUGUAAACUAUUUUCUAUUUCCGUAUAUAAAUAGGCUAUAGGAUUCAUUUGUUUUGUUUGGCUUUUAUGAUUCGAACAAUAGUUUUGGAUAUUUUUUAUGAAAGAGAAAAAUAUUAAUAAUAUAAAAAUAUUAAAAAUUAUAUAAAAAAAUAUCGAGAGAGCAAGGCUUCGAUUGGGCGCCACAUCCAGAAAAUGUAUUAAAAUCCAAGUUUCUUGUUAGUUUUUAUGAUCUGAGUAAUAUUAGUUUUGGAUAUUUUUUAUAAAAGAGAAAAAUAUUUAUAAAAUAAAAAUACUAAUAAUAUUAUAAAAAUAUAUAAAUUGAGAAAGCAGGGCUUUGGUUGGGCGCCAGAUCCAGUAAAAUCAUUAAAAUCCGAUUUUUUUAUUAGCUGUUAGGAUAUGAGCAAUAAUAUCUAUGGAUAUUUCUUUAUAAAAAGAAAAAUAUGAAUAAUAUGAAAAUACUAAUAAUAAUAUAAAAAAGCAUUAAGAGAGCAAGGCUUUGGUUGGGCGCCAGUUGCAAAAAAUGUAACAAAUACCCGAAUUUCUUAUGAUUUCCCAAAAGAAAAUCUGAUUUCAAAUUGGAUAACCAUUAUUUUAAUUAAGACAUAUCUCUCAAAAUAAAUAGAUGGGGGAUAAAAAUGUUUUCGAGUGACAUUAUCUUGUUAUAAAAAUAAUGGGUUAGUAAUUUGAUUUGUAAUGAGUAUUUUUGCGGGGAUGGGUAAUGGAAAUAUAUGUAAAACUUGAUGCGACCCUCUUCCGAAAAAGGGUUAUAUUCCUUUUAUCGUAUAAAUAUAUAUCUGUGUCAUAAUUCCGUGCCGGGUAUGGUUAAGAUAAUGGAAUAAAAUCUCUUUGAGGUUUACACUUCUCUCUCACUCUCUCUCGCUCCCAAUCUCAGUUUUAAUAGAAACUAAAAUAAAAUAGAAAAUUACAAUUUUUUUUUCUUAGGAGUGGUCUCAGAAAUAUCCUUCGCCUAGGAGAAAACAAAUUCAAAAGUCACAGUCUUUUCUAGAGGCAGAUGCCGUGGCAGAGAUAAAUAUAUGACGUCUCCUUAAAGACCUAAUCUCUUUUUCACUUCUGUAAUUUUUUUCUCUACAAAAAAAAUAGUUCUUUUCCAAUUAUUGCUCGUAAAAGCCUUAGGCAUAUAUAAAUAAAGAUGUAGACUAAAAAAUUGUCUCUUCGGCUACGUUAAAAAAAGUGCUGGAUGUCGGGAAAUAUAAAAAUCCAACAACUCAAAUAAUAGAAAAAUGAAUAAAUUAUUUUGGAAGUCGAGUUACUUACUCACCCUGUGUGACUUUACUGGCCCAUAAUCAACCUUGGCGGUUUUAUCCAUACCUUGGUGGGGUCUUAGAAAAUGUCUUCCUCUCGAACAGAAAACAGACAAAGUCCAGAGUAUACGAGGAAAAAGAUGCAGAGAUCAUGACUGAGAUGAAAGCCUUGCGUGUGGGAGCUCGUUACUUUGGCUCACUAUUGCUCUCUAACUCUCUCCCUCCAUCUCUUCUCUUUCUACUUUAAAAACAUAUACGUUAUGUUCCCAAAAUACAUUUUUGCUCUCUUGAAAAUUUUUGGGGCCAAAAGAAAAGAGAAGGGCUAAGAGAAAAGGAAUGAUUAUCGGAAUGAUCGGAAUCAUUGUUGACAUAAUUGUAUAUCUACUAGCCCCUCACUGUUUUAAAACUCCAACACUUAAUGGCCAUAAAACAAAUGAAUUCUUUUACGAAAAGCAUAUUGCUUUUGUUGUAAAUUAUUAUUAUUAUUAUUUUUUUUUUUUUUUUUUUUUUGUAAUUACUAGAUUUUUAAGUUCGAAUUUCAAUCUAAGUUUUAUAUAUAUAUUUUUUUAACAUUGAAAUUAGCAAUCAUUUUUUUAGUUUUGUAUGUGACUGUUAAUUGUUUUUUGUAGAAUGAGAAAAACUCUUGCAGUUUCCUUUCAAACCUGGCUGGCCUAGUUUUGAAACUACAACCUUGGAAAAUUUUAUUUUCAAAAUUUCAAAUAAAAGUAAAAAUCGCAGAAUUUCGAGAAAAUCAAUCACUAAUAUCACAUUUUAUGAACGUAUUAUUAUUAUAUAGUGUUGACCUCUUGUGGGAGAGGUACUAGAAUGUUUUGAAAAAUAAGUCAUUUUAUGGGGGCGAUACAACACUAAGUGGACUUUUCAAGAGAUGUUAAUUUUUUCGUGUUUUUUUUAGUGUUUUUUAAUUUUUAAAAAUGUAACCCUUUGUGAGACCUACCGGAAGGAAUCGACUGGUGUUGUUUUAAGCACCUGGUCUUUGUGGGAAACCCGGAAAGUGACCCACGUCUGACUUGAAUCAAAUCUCCAAAAUUUAGAUUUAUUUUUGUUUCAAAAUUAUAAGCUUUCGUAGGGAAGCUUGUAUGGUCGAACUGGACCUAAUAAAUGAUUAUGAUGUGCAAAGUUGGGUCCAAAUCAAACUCUCUCUCUUCCCUCACGGGAACUAUACCGUGAGCACCAACUGCACACAGACAAUAAUGGCUACAUGUACUCCAAAAACAA